AUGGCCGGUAGUGCACAGGAGAAUCUUACUAUUGUCAUCACAGAAUUCAUCCUGCUGGGAUUUGGUAACCUCCAUGAACUGCAGACCUUCCUUUUCAUGGCAUGUUUAGUUAUUUACCUUGUAACAGUGACUGGAAACCUCCUCAUUAUCACAGUAGUAUUAGCCGAUGGUUGUCUUCACACUCCCAUGUACUUCUUCUUGGGUAAUUUAUCCACCUUGGAGAUCUGCUACACCUCAACCAUUGUCCCCAAGAUGCUCAGGACAUUCCUAACAUUCUGGGAAACGGUUCCUUUCUUGGGGUGUCUGACUCAGUUGUAUAUUUUUGGUUCAAUGACAGUUAUUGAAUGCUGCCUCUUAUCAAUCAUGUCCUACGACCGGUGUUUAGCCAUCUGCAGUCCUCUGCGCUAUGCAGCUGUUAUAAACUUUAAGGUUUGCCUUCAGUUAGCGGUUGGUUGUUGGGUAACUGGGCUUCUGGCUCCUCUGAUAACAGUAGUUUGGACAUCCAGACUACCAUUCUGUGCUUCCAAUGAAAUUGACCAUUUCUUUUGUGAUUUUGUGCCUCUGCUAAGACUGUCAUGUACAGACACUCAUGUGAUUCAAUCUCUGUCUUUCAUAGUCUGUGCCUGUGUGGGCCUCAUCCCAUUUUUACUAACCCUGGGUUCUUAUUACAAAAUAAUACGGACCAUCUGGAAGAUCCCUUCCACCACAGGGAAACAAAGAGCUUUCUCCACCUGCUCCUCACACCUUAUAGUCAUUAGCAUUUUCUAUGGGACUGUCAUUAUGGUCUAUGGGGCCCCAAUUGGAAGCCAGUUGCCGGAGAUAAACGAAGUCUUCUCCAUGCUCUAUGCUGUGGUGUCUCCCAUGUUCAAUCCCAUCAUCUACAGCCUGAGAAACAAGGAGGUCAAAGAGGCCUUGAGAAGGGUUACAAGGAAAACUGUCAGUCUCAUAAAGAAAGGGAAUGUCAAAUAA